UGCUCCCCCAGGAACGUCCUGGAGCUGAUCGAGUUCUUCGAGGAGGAGGAGAGGUUUUACCUGGUGUUUGAGAAGAUGAGGGGAGGCUCCAUCCUGACCCACAUCCACCGGAGACGCCACUUCAACGAGCUGGAGGCCAGCGUGGUGGUGCGGGAUAUCGCCAGUGCCCUGCACUUCCUGCACAACAAAGGGAUCGCACACAGGGAUCUGAAACCGGAAAAUAUCCUGUGUGAGAGCCUGGACCAGGUCUCCCCGGUGAAGAUCUGCGACUUCGACCUGGGCAGUGGCAUCAAACUGAACGGCGAUUGCUCCCCCAUCUCCACCCCGGAGCUGCUCACCCCGUGUGGCUCAGCCGAGUACAUGGCCCCAGAGGUGGUGGAGGCCUUCAACGAGGAGGCCACGAUCUACGACAAGCGCUGUGACCUGUGGAGCCUGGGGGUCAUCCUGUACAUCAUGCUGAGUGGGUACCCCCCCUUCGUGGGCCACUGCGGCUCCGACUGCGGCUGGGACCGGGGCGAGGCCUGUCACACCUGCCAGAACAUGCUCUUUGAGAGCAUCCAGGAGGGGAAGUACGAGUUUCCCGACAAGGACUGGGCGCACAUCUCCUUCGGAGCCAAAGACCUCAUUUCCAAGCUGCUGGUGAGAGAUGCCAAGAAGAGGCUCAGCGCAGCCCAGGUCCUGGAGCACCCCUGGGUGCAGGGGUGCGCCCCGGACAACACCCUGCCAACCCCCAUCAUCCUGCAGAGGAACAGCAGUGCCAAAGAGCUCACCUGCUUCGCUGCCGAGGCCAUCGCUGUCAACCGGCAGCUGACGCGGCACGACGAGGACGAGGAGGAUGAGGCGGAGGAGGAAGCACGACCCAUCAUCAUCAAAGCUACCUCACGGGCCAUGCAGCUCUCCCCCCCUUCCGAGUCCAAGCUGGCCAAGCGGCGGCAGAAGAGCAGCCUGGCCAAGGCAGUGGCCGCCGGGCAGCACCUGGUGGCCCCGCUGGUCCUGGUGGCCGACCAAGCCUGAGCGGUG